CUGGAGACGCCCAUUUCCAGUCCGCGCCCGCCCCGGCCGCAGGAGCGGGUCCUCCCUCUUCUGGAGCCUGACGGCCAGCCUGGAUGUGGAUCCGCACCGCCGUGGAACCGCAACAGAUGUCUGAGAGCUAGCCAGCUGAGCAGAGGACUUCCCUCUCUGCCUGUGCGUUCCACCUGCAGCCAUGAAUGGUGCCGCCGAGGCGAGAUGUGGCACAGUUGGUUUAAAUUCUGCACAGGUGGAGCCAACAUCUGGGCCAUUACUCCAGAGGAGAGGGGGAAAUAUGACAAGCAAUUUGACUCCCUGGCGCCCAUCCUCGGAUAUGUCUCAGGAGAACAAGCAAGGAAUUUUUUUCUCCAGUCUGGCCUGUCUGCUUCUGUCCUGGCUGAGAUUUGGAACCUAGCUGACAUAGACGGUGAUGGAAAGAUGGACAGAUUGGAGUUUUCCAUCGCUAUGAAGCUCAUUAAGCUCAAGCUUCAAGGUCGGAACUUACCGUCUGCCUUGCCCGUCAUCAUGAAGCAGCUUCCCUCUUCCAACAGCAAUUCAACCAUACCCUCAUCAGCACGAUUUGGGAUGGGAUCCAUGCCAAACCUGUCAGUUGGUCUGUCAUCCAUGCCAGUCAUCCCCAUCCUAACACCCAUCCCAGCUAACCCACCGUUGCCCUCCAUGCAACCCCUGGUGCCAACACCUCUGACUCUACCCCUGAUCAACUCAUUCGGACUUUCUGGGCUCCCCAACGGCAACAUCAGCCUCCUCACCCCACCACUGGUUCCAAACAAUGCAGGGACCCCUCUCUCUGGCUUUUCAUCCCCCGUGGCUUUCUCUCCAUCCGCGGGCAUGUCGAAGGCCAAUUCUCUGCUGGACCUGGGAUCGAGCAGUUCAAAUUCGUCCUCCACCACCUCAUUGGCCAGUAACUCUCCAAAGAUGGGUGCAGGACCUCAGGUUAGAAAUGCGCUGAUGGCGUCGAAUUUGACUCAGACCCAGCUAGCUACCAUCUGGAGCCUGGCAGAUGUGGACCGGGACGGUCAGCUGAGGGCAGAGGAGUUCAUUCUGGCCAUGCACCUGGUGGAUAUGGCUAAGACUGGACGUCCGCUACCCCUCUCACUGCCUCAAGACUUGGUACCUCCCUCUCUCAGAGGAGGCAUCAAGCCCAGUGAGCUUGUCAAUGGAACGGGGCCCCACACGGCUCCCUGUUUGAUAGACACCACGGAGACGGAGCCCCCACAGAAGAACAAGAGCGGUGUCUCCUACGAGGACAAGCUGAAGGAGAACUUUGCGAGAGGCAGCGCAGAGCUGGAGAAAAGACGGUUGGCCCUUGAGGAGCAACAGAGGAAGGAGAGGGAGAGAAGGGAGAGGGAGGACAGAGAAGCCCAAGAGCGAAAGGAGAGGGAGGCCAGGGAGCAGGAGAACCGGAGGAGACUGGAGGACGAGAGGCGGCUGGAGAUGCAGAGAGAAAUGGAGAGGCAAAGGGAGGAGGAGAGGUUGAGAGAGCUGGAGAGGAAGGAGGCAGCAAAGCAGGAGAUGGAGCGCCAGAGGAGGGAAGAGUGGGAGCGAGGGAGGAAAGAGGAGCUGGGCAGGAGGAAGGACAGGGAGCAGGACGAGAUCUCUCGACUCAGGGCGAAAAAGAAGAGCCUGGAGCUGGAGCUGGAGGCCGUGGGAAACAAGCACAAGCAGAUAUCUGACCGCCUGCGUGAUGCUCAGAGCAAGAGGCGGAUUCAGAGGGCAGAGGUGGACCUCAUCAAUCAGAGGAGGGACGCGCGUAUUACCGAGAUUAACGCUCUUCAACUUGAAUUCGAGGAAUGGCAGAGGAAGCUCUCUCAAAUGGUUCCAGAACAACAGCGACUGACCGAGAAGCUGCGGAGCAUCGGCCUCAACAAACUCUCCUCGGUGACCGUGAGCUCCUUAACGGGAAGCGUGGCGGAGAAGAGCGUGAACUGCCGCAGGCUGAAGGACCAGCUUGAUAUUCUGGAAAGAGAAACGACAGACAAACUGGCCGAGAUGGAGCAGUACAACAAGGAGCUGAAGCUUGGGGAUAUGGAUGACUGUGUCCUGCGAGGCCUUCUGUCCCUGCUGGCCUGCCUCAGCCAGCUUUUCAUGCUCAUCAAGGAGCUGAGGGAGAAGCAGGUGAAGCAGCAGGCCGUGCUGGACGACCUGCACAGAGUCAAAGAGGAGAAGCUGAGGGAGCUGCAGAGACGCAGGGAGGAGGAGACGGAAAGGAGGAGGCGAGAGGAAGAAGAAGCUGCAAGACAGGCAAAAUUAGAGCAAGAGAAGAGAGAGCAGGAACGGAGGGAGCAAGAGAAGAGGGAGCGGGAAGAAGAAGGGGCACGGCAGAGAAGACUCCUGGAGGAGCAGAGGGCCCGACAGAGGGAGGAGGAGGAGAGGGAGGCUCAGGCUCGCCUGAGGGCGGCUCAGGAGAAAGCACAGGAGGAGGAGAGAAGAAGGAGAGAAGAGGAGGAGGAGGAGAAGAGGAGGAGGGAAGAGGAAGAGGCAACAAAGCAAAAGGAGAAGGAAGAGCAGAGGAGGAGGAAGGAGGAGCAGGAACGAGCCAGACAGCAGCUGACCACGUACAGAGCCCUGUACUCCUUUGUCGCCCGCAACGCGGAUGAGUUGAGCAUAGACGCAGGCUGCCUCAUAGAGGUGGACGAGCACACGGUGGGUGAGCCCGGCUGGUUGUGCGGGAACUACCGCGGGAACAGGGGCUGGUUCCCCCACAGCUACGCCGAGAAGUGUCCCACGGACUCCGUCUCCGAGAGGCCCCCGUCCUCACCCGCGAAAGGUUCCCCGCUCACACCUACACGAAACACCAGACAUCCAGAUGUGGCGGAAGUGGCCGAUGCUUCGCAGUCUACACUUCCUCUGUUCGCUCGGGCCAUCUCCGCCUGGUCGGCCACGUCGGACGCCCACCUCAGCCGAGGCUCUGACGCGGGCGGCGCGCUGCUGAGCUUCUCGCUGGGCGACGUCAUCAUGGUGCUCCAGCAGCAGGAGGACUGGUGGUUAGGGCAGCUCAACGGGACGCAGGGAUGGUUCCCCAAAAGCUACGUCACAGUGGAAGCUGUAGGCAAUGCAGAGGCGGACGCUCUGGAUUCAUCCGAUUGUGCCCAGCUUGAGGAAUAUGUGGCUUUGUACACCUACGAGAGCCCUGAGGCGGGUGACCUGACAUUUGCUGAGGGAGAUGUUGUUAUGGUGACGGAGAGAGAAGGAGAGUGGUGGCGUGGAUGCAUCGGGGAUAAGACUGGAGUGUUUCCCUCCAACUAUAUCCGACCUGUGGAGCCAGAGGCUUUAAGGCUUGGAGCUCCAACCAAGAAGCCAGAGGUGGCUCGGGCUGUCGAGUCCAGCGAGGCCCCGACUGCGUAUCAGCUGCGACUGUGUCCGGGACAGCUGAUCGUGGUCAGGGCCAAGAACUCCUCUGGCUGGUGGCUUGGUGAGCUGCAGGCUCGUGGUAAAAAGCCGCAGAGGGGUUGGUUUCACUCCUCUCAUGUGAAGCUCCUGGGUCCCUCCAGCAGCAAAUCCUCUCCCUCCCCUCUUCCAGUUUGCCAGGUUAUCGCCAUGUACGACUAUACAGCUGCCAAUCAGGAUGAGCUGAGCUUUUCUAAGGGUCAGCUGAUCAGCAUCCUCGACAAGACCAACCCAGACUGGUGGAAGGGAGACGUCAAUGGAGUCACAGGCCUGCUGCCGACAAAUUACGUCAAAAUGACAACAGAGUCCGAUCCCAGCCAGCAAUGUUCUGUAGAUUCCUUAUCCAUGUCAGAGCAUGGAGACGCUCAUGGGUGCGCGGACCUGAUUACGCUGGACACAAUGACCCCUCAGGAGAGGAAGAGGCAGGGUUACAUCCAUGAGCUGAUCCAGACUGAGGGGACCUACGUGGAGGAUCUGGAGCUCGUGCUGGAGGUGUUCCACAAGCCCAUGUCGGAAUCAGGCCGCCUGACAGAAGCUGAGAUGGCAGUGAUCUUUGUUAACUGGAGGGAGUUGAUUAUGUGCAACACUAAACUGCUCAAAGCCCUGCGUGGCCGUAAAAAGACGGGGGGCGAGAACAUGCCUGUUCAGUUCAUAGGAGACCUGCUGGCUUCAGAGCUGGCUCACAUGCAGCCCUACAUCCGCUUCUGCUCCUGCCAGCUUAACGCUGCUGCUCUGCUUCAGAGCAAAACCCACAACCACCCCGACUUUAAAGACUUCCUCAAGCAGAAGAUAGCUACCAACUACCGAUGUAAAGGCAUGCCCCUGUCCAGCUUCCUCCUCAAGCCCAUGCAAAGGAUCACCCGCUACCCUCUGCUCAUAAAGAAUAUCCUGGAGCACACUCCCGAUGACCAUGCUGACCACAGGCCCCUGCAGGACGCUCUGGAGCGGGCCGAGGAGCUGUGCUCCCAGGUUAACGAGGGGGUCAGGGAAAAGGAGAACUCCGACCGGCUUGAGUGGAUACAGAACCACGUCCAGUGUGAGGGGACCAUAGAGAACUUGGCCUUCAACUCGCUGACUAAUUGCCUGGGGCCUCGCAAGUUGCUCCACAGCGGCCGACUGUACAAAACCAAAAGCAGCAGAGAGCUGUGGGCCUUCCUCUUCAAUGAUUUCCUCCUGCUCACACACAGUGCCAAACCUUUCUCCUCCUCAGGAUCCGACAAAUUAUUCAGCCCCAAAACCAGCAUCCAGCUUAAGAUGUACAAAACGCCACUGUUCCUGAAUGAGGUUCUGGUGAAAAUGCCACCAGACCCAUCGAGUGACGAGCCGCUCUUUCAUGUCUCGCACAUAGAUCGGGUCUACACGCUCAAAACCGAGACCCUGAGUGAGAGUAUAGCCCGCUCUCCGAAGACCAGUGGAAUCGGCCGGCUGCUGGUAACAGUCACCGAAGCCCAGGAGCUUAAAGCCUGCAAGCCCAACGGAAAGAGUAAUCCGUACUGUGAGCUGACAAUGGGGGCUCAGUGCUACACAUCGCGGCCAAUCAGUGACACUCUGAGUCCCAAGUGGAACUUCAACUGCCACUUUUUCAUCAAAGACCUCUACCAGGACGUCCUGUGCAUCACUGUGUUUGAAAAGGACCAGUUCUCCCCAGAUGAUUUCCUCGGUCGCACUGAGGUUCCCGUCGCAACUAUAAAGAAAGACAUGGAGAGCAAAGGAGCAGCCAACCGCCGCCUGCUCCUGCACGAGGUGCCCACAGGGGAAGUGUGGGUCAAACUGGACCUCCAGCUUUACGAGCCGAUCAAAUGA